AUGAAAGAACAUGAGCAAAAUCUCCCACUCCUUGAAGAUGAGGGUCUGAACUCUCCAGACUCUAGGCAAAGUCGAUAUUCCCCCUUCUUAUCGAGAGCCCGGCAGACAAAAUUCGUCGUAGCUCUCGGUAUCUACGGUCUUCUCAUGACUGCGAUUGUUGUAGUUCAAAAUCUGCCGCAUGCGAAAAAGGCCGAUCCUUAUUCAAUCUACUUCUCUGCUACGGAAGAAGAGGUCAAGUCUUCGAAUGAAGAACCAGACGACACGGUCUCACUGCUCGAUAGAGAUGGUUACCUGGGUACGAUAGGUGUGUAUCAUGGCUUACAUUGUAUGCGAAGAAUAUACUGGCACCUUCACGAAGACACUUAUUUCAAGAACCGCACAGCUGAGGCCCGGGCUGUGGAAAUUGUUCACGCCAGACACUGUCUCGGAGUCGUAGUCAAUGACCUUAUGUGUAACGCCGAUACGGCUCUCUACACUUUUGGUUACUACCCUGACCGAGACCCGAUACCGCGACUCAAGUCUGGAGCAUCAAGACAAUGUCUAAAAUGGGAUCCAUUUCAUCAGUGGGCGACAGAUCGAGCACCGGGAUAUCACCCAAGACUACAAGCACCUGUAAAUCUACUCCGCGAGAGGACUUUUGAGGGCAGUCUGCAGGCAGAGGACAUGGAUGUCAGCUCACUCAAGGAAUGA